UACUGGGAGCAGCUUUUGCUCCAGAUUUAACCAGCAACGAACGGAUUUCAUGUGAAAAGGUUGAAGAUGUCUAACUGCACCCUGAACAUCACCAACACAGUUCUGCACCUGCAGACGGCCACUUCGAUUCCCACCUUCAUCCUCGGGGUCCUGGGAAACAUAUACAUCCUAGUGAUGUUCUGCCGGCGUCCCAGAGCGGACUGGACCUACAUGAACAUCUACAUCACCAACAUGGCCAUCGCCGACUGCAUUCUGCUGGUGUUCCUUCCCGUCAAGAUUCACUACUACGACAGGCCAUUGGAAGAUGAGCUAAUAGGACUGUGUAAUUGUGUUUUGUCGGUUUAUUACGUCAACAUGUACGUGAGCAUCUUCAACCUCACCGCGAUAAGUGUGGUGCGAUACGUGGCCAUCAAGUAUCCAAUGAAGUCCAGGGCUAUUUUAUCCUGUAGGAACGCUCUGGUGGUUUGCGCGCUCAUUUGGUUCGCCAUUUGCUCCAUCAGCCCGGUUUACUUUGUGACGGACUCUGGUAAUGAUAAAAAAAUGUGCUUUCAGAGGGUCAAGUCAGGCUUGUCGUUGCAUUUCGUCUUGCUGUUGAUCAUCGUUGGGUUCCUCUUGCCGUUCCUGAUCAUACUGUACUGCUCCGUUAGGAUCAUUCACACAUUGAGGAAACAGCUGGACAUCGGAACCCGUUCGGAAAAAAUCCAAUGCAUGUUUAUCAUCGCGGCCAAUUUCAUGGUGUUUGUCAUAUGCUUCCUCCCCGUUCACUUGGGGUACUUCGUUAAAUACGUCGUGCAAACCGAGGAGAACUACAGCUGCUCCGAUAAGCAGAUCGCGCACAACUUCUUGCACUGCGCUCUUUCCAUUUCCAGUAUGAACUGCGGAUUGGACUGCUUUAGCUAUUUUUUUGCCACUAAAACCUCAUGGAAUAUAUGCAGCACAAACCGAAGUGAAGAAAAACGUCAAUCAAUUUAUAACACAGUUGCAGAUCAAGAUAGCACGCCUUGUACUUAA